GUGUUUAUGUUGUCACGUGCCGUGCAAAGUAAAUAAUUAAUGAGAGUACAUGGAAAAUGAGAUAUAUGGCAGCCUAGUAGAAGGACUACUAACUCAGACGCUGCUAGACUUUUGUCGUUUGCCACUCUUGUCAAAUAGAUCUACAUAACAUCUGUGAAGAUCACUAAAGAAUUAUCAUGACUAAUAAAGGUCCAAUAAACUUGGACAGCCAGUUGAAAGACAUACGCAAACACCUCACCGAUCAGCUGGGAUGUCUUGAGUUCAGGAUGGAUUCCAAACUCUCCCUACUUCAGGAAUACCAGGAGUUCUUCAAACGAAGAGGGGAAGUUGAGUAUGAGUAUGCUCGAUCCAUUGAGCGACUCUGUGAAAAAUUUGAACGGAAUACCAAACAGCGAAACAUCAGAAAUGAGGUGCGCUCUACCUUCAACCUUUGGUCAACCCUUCUCGCUGAGACUCGUAAGGUGUCUCGUGAACGUGCCAGCCUGGCUGAGGUAAUGGCGUCAGAGAUGGUGGCACGAUUGGAGGUCAUGGCUAAAGACGUGCAGGUCCUCACCAAGAAGUGUAAGGAGAUGUGUGUUGAGGUUCAGGAUAACUUAUUGAAAGAGAUAAGAGAUCUGAGUGAGCAAACCAAAGUCUACCAACACUCGUGUCACAACACAAAUGAGGCGUACAGCAAGCAGACCAAGAGCAAAGAGAAGAUAGACGCGUCAAAGGGUGCUCGCAAGAAGAAGGCCGUUGACAAGGACAUGGAGCGUCAGAGGCAGCACAAGGCCCAGAAGCACUUGCUCAUGAAGAACAGAAACGACUACCUGCUAGGAGUUGCACGAUGCAAUGCUCUCUCCAUGCAAUACUUCAACAUGGAUGUACUGGAUAUCAUUGAGUACAUGGAUUUCGACUACCACGACUCUUAUCGUCGCCUUAUGUGUUCUGUGCGUGAUGCCGAGUACGAGACGUGUGAGUCCAUAAAGUUGUCUGUAGACUCCAUGGUGGAGCAGGCCAAGACCCUUAACUUUGAGGGUGACCUCCACUACUUCCUGUCUGAAUAUUCCGCACCCUUCACCCCACCCGCACCCUUCCAGUUCACACCGUUCCAGGGAGACGAUGUGCAAGAGUACAAGGUGAACACUGAAGAUGUGUUCAAGAGGGCCAAAAAGAGUGUGCAAGACUUGCAAGAGGAGGUGCAGACACUCAAGAUUCAGAGAGAAGAAGAUGUAAAGACCAUCCAGCAUAUGCAGAAUGUGAACUUGAAAAAGUACCAGGUGACGUCAGUGGACGAUGCCCUGGCGGUAAUCGAAGAGAAUGGCGAUUCUAUGCCAAAUGAAGCAUCCAGGGGCACUGCCUCCCUCGAGAGGGGACUAUCCCUCUCUUCAAGAGGAGCCCACGCCGUGCAGCUCUCACAAAAGGGCAAAAAGGACACUCUGUUCUUUACUCUAGGGAUUGUGCAUCGCCGAGUACAGAGAGCAGACAGACUCUCUCUGGCAAGUUCACAACUGGACAUACUGGAGAAAGCACUUGAUGAGCAGAAAGUGCCUCCUGUUCCGGUGGGAGUGGAUGCUCAGGGCCGGCAGAUACCAGGGGAGGUGCCUAAGCUCUUUGGAGGAGACAUUGUAGAGUAUAUUGUGGCUACAGGUAGUGAAGUUCCUCUCGUAGUCAGAAGCUGUGUCAAAGCUAUUGAACAGUAUGGUGGUAUGACGAUGGAGGGUCUCUUCAGGGUGCCAGGACCAGCUGCGUACACAGACGAACUCAGGAAAGGAUUCGAAGAAGGUCGUGACCCCCUUGCCUACUCACAACAGAAGCCAGAUAUUUGUGCUGUGGCAAGCACCCUUAAAGCUUACUUCAGGGAACUCUCAAUACCCCUUUUCCCUUCGGAAAAAUACCGAGAGUUCAUUAACUGCACUCGACACGACACUAUGCAAGAACGGCUUGAGUCUAUUCAACUAACAGUCAACGUUCUGCCUCCACCUGUGAUCAGUGUCAUGAAGUACCUGUUUCGUUUUCUCAGUCGUGUUGCCGAGUUCAGUGCUGACAAUAAAAUGGGCACGGCUAAUCUGGCCCUAGUGUUUGGACCCACUUUGAUGCGAGCACCUGACUCCAUUGACCCACGGCAACUCCACACUGACGUGCCGUCCGUCAAUAUUCUGAUACAGCUGUGCAUUGAGCAGAAUGAGUUAAUUUUUGGGGAUGAAGAAGAAGAAGAAGAAGAGGAAGCCAAGCUGAGAAUUGAGCAGCAAAACAGGUCAAAGUCCCCACCUGCCCUAGCUCCAGAACCUCCUACUAGUGAGCUAGAGGCAUCAUUUGAGCUCACUUCCAAGGUGACUGUUCUUUCCACGUCUCCCCCAACAGAGCCUGCCAGACCACCCUCCUCACUAGUUCCACAACCUCAGGGGCUAGUAACAGACGAGUAUCAACCUACUGAAGCUGAGACGACCAAUGGCUUACCUCCACCUCCACUGCCCCCCAGAAGCUCGUUGCUACUAACUAAUGAUGAAUUCUUGAUUCCCCCUGAUCAUGAACCCCUUCCUCCAAGACCUCCCAAAAGUGAGCCUAGCCCACCUCCACCAGAAGAACCAGUGGUUGAGGAGCUCACCCUUUCCCCUGCUGAGCAAACACCACCAACAGAGGAGGAACCGGUGAAAGAGCCCACACCACCUCAGGAGGAAACACAGCGUGAGAAGCAGCCGACAUCUCCACGAGAAGAAACCAUUGUGGCUCCCUCCCAGCCGCAGACAAAUGAGGUGAUCCAAGCACUGGCGGAGGAUUUUUCGGAUUUGGAUAAGACAAUGGAGGAGAUCAACGACAGUCUGGUGGGGAUGGACACUGAGGUUACCAAGCCAUCCACCCCUGGUUCUGCUGAUGAACUCAGUGAUGAUGAGACCGACUCAGAGGAUGAUGAAGUUGUGAAGGCUGUGCAAGCUCAUGCUUUGUAUGACUACAAUGGCCGCAAUGACAAAGAACUCUCCUUCAAAAGGGGGGAUAUCAUCCAAGUCAUCGAGAAAACGCCAGACCACAACUGGUGGGAUGGCUUCCACGAUGGCAAGAGAGGAUUCAUCCCGGUAGCAUAUAUUGAGAUCCCUGAGUUUAAUUCUGCAGACCCUAACUCGUUGCCUGUGCCCACCCCCCCUCAGCGCAGGUCGAGCAUGCCAGCCAGCGAUGCUGGGGAACAUCCACCCUCCCCUAAGAAGACCAUUAAAGUACCCCAGCCGUCUAUUCCAGAAGACGAAACUAUGGUCGAUGAGAGUGUACAAAUUAUUACACCUGAACUUAUUGUCCAAUCCCCCUCUGAAACAGAGCUCUCGCCCGCUGCUGGGGGUGCUAUCCAUAUCCACACCCCUAGUGUACCUAUUCCCACUGUGCAAGAAUCAGUAUCCGAGCCAUCAACACCCUCAAUAGAAACAAAGAAUCAGAAAGAGGCCGAGAUGCACGCGUCAGUUCGUUCACUCAGUAAGCAGUUCCAAGAUCCAUCUCAGCAGAAGGUCCUAGUUGAACCACACUCCACAGGUGCACAUCGAAGGCAACGUUCAACAGACUUUGCUGCUCAGAAGGGGACAGAGGCUGACGACAUCCCUAGAUCAUCCUCUACUGGAAAUAAAGUAGGGAAGAUGGCAUCGGUGUUUGAGAGCAAGUCAGCACCUCCACCUACUGCUCCGUUAAUCUCUCCUAAACCUAGAGUACGUCCUCCUGCUCCUGGCCCACCAGCCACUGGUCAUACUUCCAGCUCGGAUCAUCAACCCCCUGCAUUCCCUCUCAUGUCUCAUCCACAACCCGGGGGAGCUGCUGGGAUUUCCCCCUUGCAAAGAGCCGCCCAUCAAGGUCAACAAAAACCCGUGCCAGCUGAUAGGAAGCCUGCUGCUCCACUCAAGGUGGGCAAAGAGCCUAAGUUAAGGGGGGUUAGACGAGAGAAGAGUGUAAAAGAGAAGGGCAAGCCAACGAAUGCUGCAGAGAAAGGCAAGCCACCGACUGCUGCUAAACCUCCUGGUUUUGGUGCUCCUCCUGGAAGUAAGGAAUUUAACGCUGAACUGGCAGCAAAAAUAGCACGGAAGCAAGAUCCUAAAUAAAUUAACGUGAUGAAUGUACUUAUGUAGGGAAGCAUCGUUGAUAUCGUUGAUAUCUGCACGUGUGAUAUUAGUGAAUGCUAAAUUAAUUCAGACAGCUCUAGAUUGUCGUUUUCUUUUGUUUCCAGAUGGUUGUUUUGUGUUGGGCUCUGUUAGACCUUUCAGUUAAUUUUAGUUAAUUUUUACACUCCCAGUUUUGUCUAAAUCAAUAAUUAUUAUUUGAAA